AUGUACAUUUAUGAGCAUCCGAGAGACCGUUGUAAAUUCGUCAGCAGGAUGACACCACUACGCGGCGAUAAGAAGUAUCUAAGCACACUGAAUCUUCACUACUGCUCUUCCCAGGUUUUUUGGUUGGUAAAAAUGCCGCACGAAACGCCCAAUAUCACGGCACUCGAACCAUUCCAGGUUCUCAGCAAGAUCUUAGAUUUUGCAAACGAGGACCAGCGAGACUGGUGGCACAGUACCGGGCCAAUGUAUGCCAAAAUCCUAAAGGAUGCAGGCUACGGCAUUCAUGCCCAAUACUCAUAUCUCUGUCUCCACCACAAAUGUGUGGUUCCGUAUCUGGGCCCCUAUCCGGGAAACGGCAGAGACCGAUGGAUGAGCAUCCUCAGCCGAUUCGGUCUACCUUAUGAAUUGAGCCUGAAUUGCUCUAAUUCGGUCGUGCGGUUUGCAUUCGAGCCCAUUGGACCUUUAUCAGGGACUGAGCAAGACCCCUUCAAUGCACAUGUCAUCUGGGAAUGUCUUGGGAAACUCGCGAAGCUGGGUUCUGAUUUUGAUCUCCAGUGGUUUGCCCAAUUCAAGAAGGAUCUGGUUUUAGAUGCAGAGGAAACGAAAGACAACGGUCUGGACAAGGGACAGGUUAAGACUCAGAACAAACUAGGCGUGGACUUGAAAGGUGGAAAAUUCGAGGUCAAGAUGUACAUGUAUCCUUAUCUGAAAUCGGUUGCUACCGGCAUUCCAAUUGAGCGACUCAUGUUUGAUUCGAUUCGGAGAGUGGACUGGGACCGAAAGCUCGUUGUUCCGUUAUCCAUUCUGGAAGAUUAUAUCACCUCCCACAAGGAUAAGACUCUUUCGGCCCGUCUCAUAUCCUGUGACUUGAUUGACCCGAGUCGCUCACGGAUCAAAAUCUAUGUGGCUGAGCAGACAGUGGACUGGCCGCACCUGGAGGGUCUGUGGACACUGGGAUAUCGACGUCAAGAUCCCAUUACUAUCAGUGGCUUGCAACUACUCCGAGAACUAUGGGAUUUACUUGACAUCCCUGAAGGGCCUUGUCACUUCCCGGAUGGCGGUUACUUGGAACUUAACUCCAAAGUCAGCGAACGGCUUCCUUUACUGGCCAAUUAUACUCUCCAUCCAAACGAUCCGUACCCAGCACCCCAGGUCUACUUGCAUACAUUUGGCGUAGGCGACGCGGCAGUCGCAGACGCCGUCGCUACAUUCUGUGCCCGAAGAGGGUGGACGGAGAUGGCACAAUCCUACAAAGACAAUCUCUUCUCUUAUUAG